AUGCUAUCCCUUUCCAUCUGGGUCGCUGCCCUUGCAAUUGCUGCAGAGGCACAAGAGGUUUACGUCACCAAAACUGGCGCCUCCGCUCGGCCUCAAUGCACUGGCACGUUUGCCUCGCCAAGUUUCCACUUCCAGCCUUUCUCAUACACUCUCAAAGAGACGGUCAGAUAUGCAACGUCCGUACCCUCACCAACGACCACGAGAACCUUUGCUCCUGCCUAUUCAAAAGCAGCAAAAUUGUUUAAGACAAGCCUGUCCACGUCCACAUGGGGAAGCUGGCUUCCUGGGCAGACUGGAAUCAGUGCCACCGAUACCGCCGAUCCCUACGGGCAAGCCGCCUGGUCAUCAAUGUGGUUACAAGCUGGUCUCGAGAACUACACCACAACGGGUCUUCUUUCCACCACCGUCCACCCUACUCCGGUUCCAACCAGCGAGCUUGUGCUCCCGCCAGCUGACUACUUUGGCCCCACCGAUUGCUAUGACUUUCCUGACGACUUCGUCUUCGGGGUGGCCGGCAGUGCUGCCCAGAUUGAGGGUGCGAUCGCUCUCGACGGCCGCUCACCUUCGCUGCUCGAGAAGCUCAUCACGGGCGAUAAGCCAAGAGACUACGUCACCAAUGAGAACUAUUUCCUCUACAAGCAGGACAUCCAAAGAAUGGCGGCCAUGGGCGUGGAGUACUAUAGUUUCAGUAUUCCAUGGACCCGGAUUUUGCCCUUUGUCUUGCCCGGCACUCCUGUCAAUCAGCAAGCCAUUGAUCACUACAAUGAUGUGAUCAAAACUGUCCUCGAUGCGGGCAUGCAGCCCGUGGUGACGAUGCUCCACUUUGACAGUCCAUUGAUGUUUGUCGCCAGCGAUAACAUUACGAGACAUCCGGAUAUUGGGUAUAACAAUGCUGGUUAUCAAAAUGAAACGUUUGUUGAUGCAUUCGUGAAUUAUGGCAAAGUCCUUCUAACGCAUUUUGCGGACCGAGUCCCGAUCUGGGUCACCUUCAACGAGCCUCUCCUCUACGCGUUCAAUUUUCAAGGUGUUGACAAUGUUAUUCAUGCUCACGCUCAAGUCUAUCACUUUUACCACGAUGAGCUGAAAGGCACCGGUAAAAUGGGCUUGAAGUUCAAUGAUAACUUUGGCGUACCCAAGGAUCCAAAGAAUGCCAGCCAUGUUCAAGCCGCCAAUCGAUUCCAGGAAAUGCAGCUCGGAUUCUUCGCUGAUCCGAUUUUCCUUGGAAAACAAUAUCCGGACUCUGUGCUGAAGACCCUUCCAGGGGCUAGGCGACUCAAUGACACGGAACUGACGUAUAUCAAAAAGACGGCCGACUUCUUUGGCAUUGAUGCCUACACUGCUACAGUGGUGUCCCCUGCCAAUGAAGGCAUUAGUGCUUGUGCUUCCAAUCCCUCCAACUCCAAUUCGUUGUUCCCAUUUUGCGUCAACCAGGAAACCACAAACGUCUAUGGAUGGAACAUCGGAUAUCGGUCGGCGUCUUAUGUGUAUAUCACACCUACCUAUCUCCGAGAAUUCCUGUUCGACAUCUACAAUAAAUGGAAGCACCCCAUCAUCCUAUCCGAAUUUGGCUUCCCCGUGUACGAUGAGGCUACCAAAGAUCUACCAGAUCAACUAUUUGACUCCCCUCGCAGCCAAUAUUACCUCUCCUUUAUGUCCGAAGUGUUGAAAUCGAUAUAUGAAGACGGAGUUGACGUCUUGGGUGCCUUGGCUUGGAGUUUCGCUGACAAUUGGGAAUUUGGGGACUAUUCGCAGCAGUUUGGCAUGCAGGUGGUGAAUCGAACAACCCAGAAGCGACAUUACAAGAAGAGCUUCUUUGAUUUAGUAGAUUUUGUCAAGACUCGACAGCCUUCGCAUUGA